AUGAAGUGUACAAAAACUAGCAUCCUUAUCCAUGGCUUAACUAUCCCUGCACUAUUUUUUUUACUUUCCCUGCUCCAUAUUUCGAAAGUCGAAAAGUAUGUAAAAUCUGACAGUUAUCCUGUGGUUUGAUUCAGCCAGACAAAAGUGGGGGUUAUCGAAAAAUAUAGUCAAAACAAUGAUUGUACUAUUUGUAUUAAUAGAGAGCCAAAGGUCAUUCCUUGAAAUUUUGUAACGCUACCUGAAGUGUACUCUAUAUCAGCGUAAUAUACAAUGUGUCAAGGAAAGUGGACAUGUCACAAUUUUAAAGAAAUGUAGCACCAACUGUUUUAAAAUUUUCAUGUUUUACCUUAAAGUGGACCUGCUGCUUUUGCUUUGUUGCCGCCAGUUGAAUAUUUUCCGGAAAGAUACUUCGUAGAAGAAGUAUAUUUCUCUCCAUAGUACCGUCUAUCUGGCAUUUUCGUAUGUGUAAUUUUUUAGGCACAUUGUGGUUGCAUAAAGAGGUUUGUAUAUAGUUAGUGUGUAAGGAAAAUCAUUAUCACUUAGAGUAAUUUUAUUUAUCUGUUCAGCUUGUACGUAGAUUUUUCACUCUGGAUUAUUCAUUUAACUCUGAUGUUAUCUAGCAUACACUUAUUAAGAGAAUCUAGAGCAAAUAUUAAUUAUGUUGUAGUUGAAGUCUUUUCGGAGAAGUACUGUUUCUUUGUUUUUUAGCAUAACAUUAUUUUUUAACAUAUUAAAAAAGAUAAUCAUUUUUGGUCGUCCCUUUCUUAAGAUGUAACUCUACCAAUUAAAUGUCAAAAAGAAUAAAUCAUUUUUUAAGAAUUACAUAUUCUGGAAUCACACGUUUUUUUUUUUACUUUUAAGUAAAAAAGUUCAUAUAAACAUGUGACCAAAAAGUCUGGUUUCCAAGAUACAAGGUGUCAACAUUAAAAAAAUCAUUUUUAUUAAUAUCUCAAAGAUCUUUGUGCCCACUUUGUUAAAUUUUGAUUGUGUUAUUUAUUGCAAUACGGCGCUAAGUUAGUACCAACUAGAAGACAAUUAUCAAUUCCAGUGACGUCUCGGGGAACACUCUCACGAAUAAAAAAUAUAUUUUUUUUCCAAAUUAAGCAUAUCAAGAUACAACCAUGUUGUAUCUCUUUUAUCCCUUCAUACCUUGCUUCUCUUCUUUAUUAGGUCCGAGCACUAUACAUAGUUAUAUGCAAGAAUACGUCAGGUAUAACAUGCAGUAUUUCUAAAAAGUAAAAAAGAAAUAAUGACAAACUAAAACUGAAUACAGAAAAAUAAAAACGUGAAUCUAAAUACCAAGUUAAUGGACCUGACAAUACAAAAGACAACACAAAAAGCAGCCUUCUGCGGUUUUUCCGUCUCUCUAUCAGAAACAUGCUCUUUUUCUAGAUUGUUAGCUCUCAUUGCCUAUCUUACUGUGCCUUUUUUGCGACCUGGUGGCGACCAGUGAAAUAUAUGUUUUAGCCAUCGAUCUUCCGGCAUCCUUAACCAGUGACCAACCACUUUAAACUUCUCUCUCAAUUCUGGCCUCAUUACUUGCUCUCUUAUGUGCAUUGCCUCAUAAUUAGUUCUUCUGUUCAACGUUGAAAUUCCGGCACUUUGUCGCAAGCUCGCAAGUAAUCCUUCUGAGCCAUGAGCUAACACUGUCUCAACUAGAACUUGUCCAAGAAUUUUCUUUGUCGAUUGUGAAAUAAGCCUGUUUUACCAAACACCAUUGAGGCAUCAUAUCACUUUCUUGGCAUUUAUUAUCCCUCAUAAAUUUCUUCCCUGCCUAAACCUUCACUGGUUACAGCUGCUCAAAGAUAUUUUAAAUUAUCAACUUGCUUAAUACGAGGGAUGUCUUUUAAGUUUUGCAUAUGGAAAUAAAACAACACGGCAGGUAGUUCUAAAUGACUUUAUUGUUUUUCGAAGUAUUCUCCACGAAGAUUAAUACACAUCUGCAUGCGCUCGAAGCACUUAUUCCACUCGUUUGCUGGCAGAUCCAAAACGCCAUUUUUGAAUGCGUCAACUGCUUCUUCUGGUGACUGGAACCUUUGACCACGCAGUCUGUUUUUAAUUUUCGGGAAAGUAAAGAAAUCGUUAGGACUUAGAUCGGGACUAUAUGGAGGAUGGUCCAAUAAUUCCUCGUUUUCUUCCGUUAAUACUGCCUUGUUUUUUGGGCUGUGUGCGAGCUUGCAUUGUCUUGGUGGAGGAUGAUUCUUCUUUCACUUCGAGAACGGAUGGCUUUUGUUGGCUUUUCUUCACCUUGAAACACCCAAACGGCCGACUGUUGUUUAUUUUCUGGUUCGUAACAGUAAAUCCACGAUUCAUCACCACUAACACUGCUGUACACAUUUUUUGAGUUUACGGAAUUGAAACGGUCAAGCGUUUUUUGACACCAAUUAACCCUGGCUGCUUUCUGCUCUUCAGUCAACAGGUGGGGUAUCCAACGAGAAACUAAUUUUCUUACUCCUAAUUCUUCUUGUAAAUUUUUUUAAUUGAGGUCUUUGAGAUCUUCAAGGACGCCUCAAUCUCGCGAUAUGUCACAUGUCUAUCUUCAAUGAUGAGUUAGCGCACAGCAUCGACGUUUUCCUGUGUACUUGCCGUUUUUGGUGCACCCACCCUGGGAUCGUCGCUAAGACGUUUGAAUUCUCCAUACCAACGGGAAAUUGUCGACUGAUGUGGCGCUUUGUUGCCGAUAACAGGCAGUAACUCAGCAAGGCAUUCUUGUUGCGAUAAUUGUCUCUGAAAGUUGUAAUACACUCCACGUAUUGUUGUGAAACUUUGAAUUUAACUUUACUAAAGAGUGAGGUUAAGAUUCAGUACUGACGUUCGAUCCGCGCGGCCUACUAUGUUUCUAUAUGCAAAACUUAAAAGACAUCCCUCGUAGUUACAUUCUCAUUUAUACACAUUUCGAAAUCCGCGCUGUAUCAACCGCUAAGUACUCUGUCUUUUUAAAACUUAUUUGCAAACUCCAUUCUGAAUAUUGUUCAUCCGGAUGUUUAAUUAUAAAUCGCGUUACUUCAUUUUCAAGGAAAAAAAUAAAAGCAACUUUACGAGGGCGGUGUAAUAAGUACCCGUGUUAGAAAUGAAGACACCAUUUUUUCCAAAAAUAUUUUUUAUAUUUCUCAACAAAGUCUCCCUUUAGAAAGAUGCACUUUUCCCAACCCCUCCAAAAAAUAGGAUUUGUCGUUCUCUCCAAAAUACGCCUCUGUCUCGGCCAUGACCCCGUUUGAGCCGUUUCUUCAUUUUAGGGAACAAGAAAAAGUCGCAGUGGGCCAGAUCGUGUGAAUACUGGGGUGCGGCAGCACUUCAUAGCACAAUUCAUGCAGUUUGGCGGCGACAACUCCGGAUGAAUGUGCUGGUGCGUAAUCGUGGUGAAACAGCACCUUCUUUUUCGCCAAAUGUGGCCGUGUCUCCUUCAAUUUUUUGUCGAAGCGGUCGAAUAACAGACUGAAGUUUUGUCUAGUGAUCGUUCUUCCUUUUUCUAGAAAAUCCAUGAGGAUAACCCCUCUCGCAUCCCAAAAAAUCGUCGUCAUGACCUUUCCGGCCGAUGAGACCGCCUUCGCCUUCUUUGGAGCAGAUCCUCCGCGAGAAAUCCAUUGUUUUGAUUGUUGCUUAGUUUCUGGUGUGUAAUGAUGAAUCCUGGUUUCAACAGUGACAACUCUACGCAAAAGCUCCUUCGGAUUUCGCUUAAAUUGCUCCAAACACUGCUUCGAGGUUAACAUCCGCAUCCGCUUGUUGUCCACCGUAAGCAAUCGCGGCACCCAUCGGGCCGACAAAUUUUUCAUCUCCAACUUGUCAUGUAAAAUAUUCAUUGCCGUUCCGGUCGACACGCCUACGGUCUCUGCUACUUCGCGCAAUUUCGUUCGUCGAUCAGCGAGAAUCAUGUCGGACUUUUUGAAUGAUUUCCUCGGUAGCAACGUCUGACAGGUAUCCUGGUCACUUCUCAUCAAAAACGAAUGUCCUCCCACGUUUAAAUUCGUUGAACCAAUAUCUAACCGUGGUCAUAGAUGGCGAAGUGACCCCAUAAACAGCAUCCAACUUUGCUUUUAACUACUCGAAUUUUUUCCCAUCCAAAAACAAAAAGUGGAUUGCCGAACGAUACUGCUGCACUUUUUCCAUCUUAGCGAAAAUGACGAAACACGUAUUACUCGAAACUAACCUAUCAAUCAGUCUCAAAUUUGUUGUGCCGCCGUUUGAUAGAUGGCGUCACACCAUGAUGACACCAACUCAACCUCAGGAACGCCCUUUGUCGUCAAACACGAACAAGCCUCCUUCAUGUCAAAAUUUGUACGCAGGCCUCUACUCUCAUAUUUUAAUAAUUUUUCCACAUCUAAUCAAGUUGUUUUUAUUUGUUUUCCUCGAAAACGAAAUAGGAUACGAAGGUACCACCGUGCCAGCAUGGGGCAUCAGGCAACUUGAAAGACCAGUGAAACAGUGGAGUGAGUAGGAUUGAAUUUGCCUCUAACAGUCGAUCCUGAAAGUUGGUUGUCAGCUGGUGCUGCAGACUAAUUGGUUAAGUCGACUCCACGAAAUCCUUUCUCUCAAGUUGCUGCUUACUAAACAUAUUCGCUGUUUUGAAUGCGCUCAUUCGAAAAAUCGUAUACAGGUCUUUGAUAUGUCAAUAAAAAACCGAAAUUUUUAUAAAAUUUCACAUCCUGUAUCUUGAAAGCUAGAAUUUUUAGGACUUUGGUUCAGGAAUGCGACCUUGUAAUUACAGCAUGUUAUUAAGUAAAAUCGCACAUAUGGCUCUGAUAAAAUAUGGAAAGUACUUUGCCGAAAUAUCUGCAUAAAAUAACUAAGCCUAUUCAUAUAAUACAUAGAGAGGUACAUAAGUAUUUUGUGAUGUUAUCUGUAAGUAACAUUAGGUAUUACUACAGCGUAAAUAUGUUGUACAUAUUUUAUAUUGCUAUUAAAGACAUUCUAGAUAUCACAUCAUUUAGUUGGUUUUCUUUUUGAGCUGUCGUACACUGGACCACUGAUGGCGACCACUAGUCGACAUAACUAGUAGCUAAAUAUACAUACAUUUUUGUCCAUUAUUCUCAGAAGCGGCCGCGUGAACACUUAGUUUGCCCUAAUACAAUGAAAAUGUAUGGAAAAUGUCAUCCCCAACUUGUAGCAGCCACCAGUCGCCUAAUGUGUGGCAGCCCUUAGAAUUAUCAGGUCAAAUAAAACUCACAUAGUACAGCUAUAAUCAAAAAAGUUUAAUGUGCUAAUAACAAAGAAGGUAAUGUAACUCCUGAAACUUGUCAUGUGGUUUUUAUGUUCAUAGGGCACCAUUGUCCGAAUGAAAACCAUAUGCUUAGAUUUCUGCUUAUCGUACGACGUUUUGUUCUCCCCAUAUUUUCCAAGUAUAAUUGACAAUUCUGUGUCAAUAUGUAUUUUCUGUUCUCCAAGUGGAAUUUUUUUCUCACAUUCCUAUACACUGUAUUACUACGAUAGUCUGAACGUCUUGUAACGUGCUGAGCUAAUGCACGAAACCAUCAUUGCAAUUUUCAGAUGGCGCUACGCCCCACCAGCAAAGCCCAGAAGGACAACCAACCUCGCAAAGCGGCAAAAGAGCUUGAAGUUAUCUGUCCGUUUUUUUUUUAUUGUACUAGACCCGCCACCCUCGAUCAUCGUUCCGAAAACGCCAAGUCGUAUGAAAACGCGGAAACUCACGCAGAACUAUUGUCGCAAAACACCGGUUGAUUGUUAUGCAAUCUGAAAUGCGAGAAAUAGUUCUUCGACAUGUCUUAUAAGGUAAUGAUAAUAUAAUAAUAAUAAUUUAUUCACAUCAAUUACAUAUUGUGGACGGAUGCAUAUGCCACAAAAGUCACAACAAUUUGCCCUUGAGAUGGUGAAGUAAAACAUCUGCGCAUUUGACAUCCAAUGAUUAUAAUUUGUUAUUGAAUCUCAAAUUUGCAGAUGUUUUGCUUCGCCAAUGUCUGACAUUAUUUCCUCACAAAACAGGACCGUUCAAACUAUUGAAAUAAAAUACUAUAGGAAAAAGGGUGCAAAAUGCCACCUGUAAAACAAAAUAUAUUGUCACAGAAUUGUCAGUUGUACUUGAAAAAGACCACAGUGGUAGUCAACAAAAAUCUAAACAUAUAUGUGGUUUUGAUUCGGCCCGACAAUGUAAUUAACAAAAAAUGUAUCCAUGGUACAGAGACUCGAGUUCAAUAAAAAAAAUUUGAGGUCUUUUUACGUUUAGGGUCCCAAUGCGUGACGGCCUAAGUGAGUAUAACAAGGGAGAUUAAACACUGUUCUAUUAUCUAGCAGCAGUAAAAUUUUCUCUAUACGAGUAUUAUUUCAAAUGAUAAAGGACAAUAUGCUCAUCAGCAAAAAACUUGCUUUUUAGUUUAUUUUUCAGUAUAUUAGUGACACGUCCUUGGAAGUAAAUGUUUUCUGCUAGUGAAAACAUGUACAAGUGUCAAUGUGCUCAUCCGUGCACUUAGGGAAUGACAGCUCUGCAGCACUCAUUUUAAGGUGGCGCGGGCACCAAAUAAGAACAUUCAAAAAUGAAAUAAGCAUGUUGUUGAAAAUAUGUGAAAUUGCUUGCUCUGUAUAUAUUUGUAUUAGAGCUAUUUAGCCUCAAGCAUGAAAAAUAUCACAUCAUUCAUGUAGAGAACUCGUAAAGUCACAAAUUUUAUACAUUUUCAGUCAAAAACAAAUUUAGCUUAGAUACAUAAAAGCAGUGCUGUUGUAUCCUAAAUGCGGGUUUUGCAAAUAAACGUAAUCUUGAAAAAUAUCACUAUACAUUUUCUGUUUUAAAGAUUAUUGUAAAUACUGAUACAUACGACUUUGUUGUGGAGCUGUUUGUAGCGCAGUAUUUUUUUAAAUGUACAGCAUGAAGAAGAUGUUGCUUAUUAUAUCGAAUAAAAGUUAUA